CGCCGGAAGUGCGCGGAGGAGUUCCGGGGAACGCGGCCUCCGCGCUUCCGGUAUCUUGAUCUUCCAGGGCUAAGUGCCGCUGCUCGGCGCUGGAGUCGCCGUGCCGCCGCCGGGAUCAUGGUGUUCUACUUCACUAGCAGCAGCGUUAACUCAUCUGCUUACACUAUUUACAUGGGAAAGGAUAAAUAUGAAAAUGAAGAUCUGAUAAAGUAUGGCUGGCCUGAAGAUAUUUGGUUUCAUGUGGACAAACUCUCUUCGGCUCAUGUAUACCUUCGAUUACAUAAGGGGGAGAAAAUAGAAGACAUUCCAAAGGAAGUACUGAUGGACUGUGCCCAUCUUGUGAAGGCCAAUAGCAUUCAAGGCUGCAAGAUGAACAACGUCAAUGUGGUUUAUACCCCGUGGUCUAACCUGAAGAAAACGGCCGACAUGGAUGUGGGACAGAUAGGCUUUCACAGGCAGAAGGACGUGAAAAUUGUGACAGUAGAGAAGAAAGUGAAUGAGAUCCUGAACCGAUUGGAAAAGACCAAAAUGGAGCGGUUCCCAGACCUAGAGGCAGAGAAAGAAUGCAGAGACCGCGAAGAGAGGAAUGAGAAGAAAGCCCAGAUUCAGGAAAUGAAAAGGAAAGAAAAGGAAGAGAUGAAAAAGAAGAGGGAGAUGGACGAACUUAGGAGCUAUUCAUCACUAAUGAAAGUUGAGAAUAUGUCUUCAAAUCAGGACGGCAAUGAUUCAGAUGAAUUCAUGUGAAUGGAGAAAAGGACCUUUUAAAGAUACAACUGCUCGUAUAUCAGGGAUUAAAGAGGAUAAAGGAAACACACAACCCUUCCCUCACUUCAGCAUGUCGACUCCUCCCUCCAAGCACCACUGAACUCCGCUGGAUCUCUGGGGAUUCUGAGUUGGGAAGAAUGUUUAAAAUAUUUCCGUUUAUGUGACUAGAAAUUCAGAAUUUAAAAGGUAGAAAAGGGCACAGGUAUUUUAGGGCCGUGAAACUACUCUGGAUGAUACUCUGAUGGUGGAUACACGUCCUUAUACGUUUGUCCAAACUCAUAGAAUGUCCAACACCUAGUGAACCCAGCUGCGAACUGUGGACUCUGGGUGAUAAUGACGCGUCAUGUAGGUUCAUCAGCCGUAAUGGACAUACCGUUCGUGAGGGAUGUUGAUGGUGGGGAGGCUGUGUGCAUGUGAGGGGGGCAGAGGGUACGUGGGAACUCUGUACCUUCCACUCAAUUUUGCAGUGAACCUAAAACUGCUCUAAAAAAUAAAGUCUACUUAAAAGAAAAUAUGGGUAGAGUGAUAAAUGUUCCCAGUUCCCCUUCUUGGAGGCUACCAGUAGUACCAGUUUUUUAUUGAAGGCAGAAUGUCUAGAUCUGGACUCAGCUGAGCUCGGGGAUUCGGCCUGCUUCUCAGCCCGGAUGUACCAGCGGCUCAGCGAAGGGGGAGUAUAGGGGGACUGCUCUAUGCUUCUGCCUCAUGGGGCAUUUAAUCCAAGAGAAAAUGCCCAGCCCCUUCCCAGAGUCACCCCUCGCUGGGGCUUAGGGGAAGGUCAGGAGUUCAGAAGUGGAGAGGAACGAGAGGACAAGUGGUGUCUUGGUGUCCCCAUCCACAAAACCACCUCUGUCUGGACACGGAGGUACAGGACGGGUUCUCUCUCAGGAAACUCCCGACUUCCAGUUAAAAUCUUGAGUGCAGUGGAGAACGAACAAAGGAAAAGAAAACUGCUUACUUUCAUCUCAGUUUGUGCUUGGGGGUGGAGAGGGGGUGGGAACAGGACUGGCCUCAGGCAACUCGGGAUGUCAGCACCCCAGCCCCCCUUCGGUUCUGUCUCCCGCCCCCAGCUUGCUACCUUAGCUACCCUGCAGCCCAGCGCCUCUUCUUACUAUGGCAGAAAGGACGGGAGAGAAGAUCUAGCGUGGGUGAGGAUAUGCCCAUAGCAUGAAGGAACGGGAGCCGUACACCAUUUGCACCCUAGAUUUUUUACCUUUAGGAGUGUGCAUUUUAGGAUGUAACCCAGCUCCUUUACUAUGUGACUUAACGACAAGUCACUUGACCCCUCUGGGCCUCCUGUUGCCCACUGGAGAAAGGAAUAGGACUCGAGGAAGGAUUAUAAAUCCCAGUGCUACGGGGGGCAGGCUGGUGAUGGGAAUGAGGGCCCGUGAGGCGAGGUGGGCAAGCGUGUGCGCACCACGUGUGGGUAGCUCUUCUAAAGGGGGCAGCUGCCGCUGAGCUCCAGCUGCGAAUUGCUCCAGGGAAAUCAAGUUCCAUAAGACAAGCCAAUGAAUAACAUUCUUUGAAGGAGCUGAACUUGACAGGACAGGGGAAAAAGAAGAGCGUUUUAAUUUCACCUUCCACAAUGGUCUGCUUUCCCUACCCUUGGAUGACAUGUUGGAUGAAUAGGUCAGAUUCCAUGACUUUCUGACUGCUUCCCAGGAUAGGAACAGUUACAUUUUUAAAUUACAGUUUCCUUUUAUGUAUUAAAAAUUCCAGUCUUAUAUAGAAUGGAUAAACAACAAGGUCAUACUGUAUAUAGCACAGGGAACUAUGUUCAAUAUCCUGUGAUAAACCAUAAUGGAAAAGAAUAGGAAAAAGAAAAUAUGUAUGUAUAACUGAGUCACUUUGCUGAACAGCAGUAAUUAACACAACAUUGUAAUUCAACUAUAUUUCAAUACAAAAUAAAUUUUAAAAAAUUCCAGUAUCAUUUAAAUCCAAACUUUAACCACAAAUAGGAUUCCAAACUUCAACCCACCUUCUGGUUCAGGUCUGAUUCUUCACUCUGCCUCUUCCAGCUCUCCCUGGUCUCCCCUUGCCCCCCAGCAGCUGGCUCCUCUAGGGGUGGGGCAGAGGCUAGAAAGGUAGGUUUAAGGAGGGUUACCACUUGGUCCUCCUUUACAAGAGCCAAUGGGAGGGGUCCGUUGGGAUAAGCACUGUUGUAAUCUGGCUGUUGGUGUGUCUUGCAGGUAGAAUGUGGAUAUACUCAACUACUUACUGCUCUCAGUUUUGAGACUUCACGAAUAUCUGAUAGCAAAUUACAUUACAAAUCUGGCUUUUAAGUCAAAUUUCCAAAUGUGUAUAUGGUAGCUCAAAAUUAUUCAGCACUGCUAGAUCCAAUCAGACCUGUCCAUGGGCUGUCCAUCGCCCAUGGGCUAUCAGUUUGAGGGCUCUGGGUCAGAAGAGUUCUAAGGUCUCUUCCAGUCAUCGUCAUCUGUGAAUUUAUGCUUUUCCUAGAUUUAGUAAGAACCACUGGAAGUCCUCCAAGCUUUUCCCCUUAUAGGAAGGGUCCCUCCCCUCUAGGAAUUCUGGGUGGCAGAGGCCUCCUGGAAAUGUUUUAUCCUGAGUAGACACCUCCAGCAUUCUGAAGAAGCAGGAGAUGAAGGGAAGGGCCAGAAGGUGGCAGGAGAGAACAGCAUGAGUCAGCUUCCGUUCGGUUGUAGUUCCAGGUGUCCCUCUGAGCCCAUAUUGCAUUCCUGCAGUUGGAUGGGAGGUUGACACAGGACCUCAGGGACCCCUCCAGCGCCAAGAAUCUUGAAGCACAUCAGGAAAAGAGAUGCUUCUGUUGGUGGGGGUGGGGUCCCAAAGCUCUUGGCCAUUGAAUUCUCAGAAAUGCGGGGUAGAAGGUGCCCGAACCUUCUAAACCAAUGCCAUGUAUCGAUCUAAAAAGAAGCUGGGGGAAUUCCCUAGUGGUCCAAUAGUUAAGACUCCACACUUCCACAGCAGGGGACGCGGGUUCGAUCCCUGUUUGAGAUGCCGCAUGCGACGUGGUGCAGCCAAAAAAAAAAAAAAAAAGUCAAAACAUAAGGCUUAUAUUUGAAAACAAAUCUCUCUUGUUUCAGAAUCAGCCUCUCGCUUUCCUUCCCAGGCAUAAUGCACAAGUUGCGCUGAAUCAUGGAAUUUCAUAGAACCGUAGCCCGUGGAGGUUGGAAGGGACCUGAAAGAUUAUUUAAACCAAUCGUGCUCUUCUGUGUCCUUUCCAACCACCCAUAACAGAGCUCCUCCAUUCUCGGCGUGAAUGCAUCCAGAGACGGGAAGCUCAUGAAUUUUUAAAGCCAUUUGACUAUUAGAAAGUUACUUGAUUGUGUCCCUGCACCGGUAGGCGGACUCUCAACCACUGCACCACCAGGGAAGCCCCUAAAGGGAAUCUUAUUGUGAGUUUUUUUCUAUGACUUGCCUCUUUCACUCAAUAUUAUGUGUUUAAUUAAUUUUCCCUGUUAUCUUGUUAGCGCUGAGUUAAUUCUGGCUUUAAUUAUCUCCUCUAACCCUUUAUAAAUAUUAUCUACAUAUUUGUAAGUAUUCCUUCUAUAUCAUCAUCCAAAAAAUUUUGGGCAAUGUUGAAUGGGUAAAUCUCAGGGUAGUACCUUCAGCAAACUUCUAGAAACAUCCCUUCUGACUGAGAUUAAUGGAUUAUUUAGCACUCUUUGGGCACAGUCACCCAGUAACUAGUUCUCCUAGUUUUACUUUAAUUCAGACGGUAUUUUCCUACUUGCUCACAUGAUUAUCAAAAAACACCUUGCUACUAUAUAUAAAAUAGAUAAACAACAAGGACCUACUAUAUAGCACAGGGAACUAUAUUCUGGAAAAGAAUCUAAAAAAGAAUAUAUAUAUAUAUAUAUGUAUAGCUGAGUCACUUUGCUGUACACCUGAAACUAACACAACAUUGUAAAUCAACUAUAUUUUAGUAUUAAAACCCCCCGCACAAAACCUUGCUUGAAAUCCAGAUAAACUAUAUUAAUGGCAUUUUCCUGAUCUACCAGUCCAGCAGACUUGUCAAAAUGAGGCUUAGAGAACGUGUAUUGGCUCCAAGUAAUUGCUCUACUGUUCUUUAAAGAGCAUAAAGCAGGCUUUUGGUUUCCAUGAUUUUGUCGGAGAUUGAGGGCAAGU